AUGUCGCCACCCUUCAGGAUUGACCACAUCGGGUCGCUACUGCGGCCCCAGUCACUGCUGGACGCGCGCUCCAGCCUGUCCUCGCCCUCUCAGAUGUACUCGCUUGAGGUCCCGAAGGAGGCCAAAGAUGCAGAGACUCGAGCAAUCCGAGAUGUGGUUCGACUCCAGAUAGAGAAGGGCAUCAGACCUAUCACGGAUGGUGAAUAUGCUCGGCAUAUCUACUUUGGUGGUUUCUUUGAGAAAUUGUCCGGGUUUGAAGCCCGGCCUGACCUACCGAUCCCGGAUGCGUUCCGCACAGACUUCCCCACCACGACCGGUCUCGCGAAGAUGGGAGCAAAGACGCGAGCAGCCGUCAUCUGCACCGGUAAGAUCCAGUACAAGGAGUCACCCUACCUCUCCGAAUGGCUCGCACUACGGGGGAGCCUGCCAGAAGACCUAUGGCGCGAGGCCAAGUUCACCAUGCCAUCGCCGAACUACCAGCACAUCCAGCUGAAGCCGGGCACGGCCUGGACCCCAGAGUCAGGCUACACAUCCGAUCAGGGGUAUUUCGAUGAUUUGGCCAAGUGCUACGCAGCCGAGCUGCAGACACUCUACGACGCGGGCCUGCGCUACCUGCAGGUCGACGACCCGCACCUGACGUACUUCGCCUCCUCGCAGUUCCUCGAAGGCUGCCGAGCGGACGGCACGAACACGGAUGAUUUGCUCGAUAUGUACACGCGCACGCACAACCACCUGCUGGCGGGCAAGCCCGAGGAUCUGCACGUCGGCAUGCACCUGUGCCGCGGCAACAUGUCGGGCUCGACGCACUGGGUCGAGGGCUCGUACGAGAAGAUCGCCCACAAGCUGUUCAACGAGACCGACUACCAGACGUACUGCCUGGAGUUCGACGACCUGGAGCGCGCGGGCGGGUUCGAGCCGCUCCGCUUCCUGCCGAAGGGCAAGGAUGUCGUGCUGGGACUCGUCUCGACGAAGACGGCCGACUUGGAGGAUGUUGGGCUCAUGAAGGAGAGGGUCUACGCUGCGGCGGGCGUGAUCGCCGAGGCUCAGAAGAUCAGUGUGGAGGAGGCGCUGGAUUGUCUGGCUCUGAGUCCGCAGUGUGGGUUUAGUAGUAGCAGUCUGUCCGGCGGCAAGGGCAUGACUAUGGAUCUUAUGUGGGAGAAACUUGAGCUUGUCAAGCGGGUCGCAGGGGAAGUAUGGAAGUAA